CAGGGCUGUCCAUGGAGGUUAUAUAGCACAGCCCUUUAGAGAUUGGUUGUGCUGAAGGGCAGGGAUCUUAUUCCACCUUCUGAAGCUUCUGUCCAACUAGUUAUAAGGAGAAUGGAGACAGCAGUGAGAGUGGAGUCCAGGGUCCUGGUUGGGGUGGCCUGUCUUCUCCUGACAUGCCCUGCCACAGCCACUGGGCCCGAAGUUGCUCAGCCUGAAGUACAUACCACCCUGGGUCAUGUGUGAGGCCGGCAGGUGGGCGUGAAGGGCACAGACCGCCUUGUGAAUGUCAUCCUGGGCAUUCCAUUUGCCCAGCCACCACUGGGGCCUGACCGGUUCUCAGCCCCAUGCCCAGCAUAGCCCUGGGAGGGUGUGCAGGACGCCAGCAGUGCACCCCCUAUGUGCCUACGAGACAUGGAGAGCAUGAACAACAGCAGAUUUAUCCUCAAUGGAAAACAGCAGAUCUUUUCUCUUUCAGAGGACUGCCUGGUCCUCAACAUCUAUAGCCCAGCUGAGGCCACCGCAGGGGCCAGUAGGCCGGUCAUGAUAUGGGUCCAUGGAGGCUCUCUGAUAACUGGCACUGCCACCUCCUAUGAUGAAUCAGCCCUGGCUGCCUAUGGGGAUGUGGUCAUGGUUACAGUCCAGUACCACCUUGGGGUCCUUGGCUUCUUCAGCACUGGAGAUGAGCAUGCACCUGGCAACCAGGGCUUCCUAGAUGUGGUAGCUGCUCUGCACUGGGUGCAAGGAAACAUCACUCCCUUCGGGGGUGACCUCAACUGUGUCACCAUCUUUGGUGGAUCUGCUGGUAGAAGCAUUGUCUCUGGCCUGGUCCUGUCCCCAGUGGCUGCAGGGCUGUUCUACAGAGCCAUCACACAGAGUGGGGUCAUCACCAGCCAAGGGAUCAUCGAGUCUCACCCCUGGCCCGUAGCUCAGAAGGUUGCCCACCUGGCUGGAUGCAACCAGAACAGCACACAGAUCCUGGUAAACUGCCUGAGGGCACUUUCAGGGGCCAAGGCGAUGCGUGUGUCCAACAAGAUGAGAUUCCUCCAACUGAACUUCCAGAGAGACCCUGAAGAGAUUAUCUGGUCCAUGAGCCCUGUGGAGGAUGGUGUGGUGAUCCCAGAUGACUCUCUGGUGCUCCUGACCCAGGGGCAGGUUUCAUCUGUGCCCUACCUUCUAGGUGUCAACAACCUGGAGUUCAACUGGCUCUUGCCUUAUAUCAUGAAGUUCCCGCUAAACCGGCAGGCGAUGAGAAAGGAAACCAUCACUAAGAUGCUCUGGAGUACCCGCAGCCUGUUGAAUAUCACCAAGGAGCAGGUACCACUUGUGGUGGAGGAGUACCUGGACAAUGUCAAUGAGCAUAACUGGAAGAUGCUACGAAACUGUAUGAUGGACAUAGUUCAAGAUGCCACUUUCGUGUACGCCAUGCUGCAGACUGUUCACUACCACUGAGAUGCCGGACUCCCUGUCUACCUGUAUGAAUUUGAGCACUACGCUCAUGGAAUAAUUGUCAAACCCCACACUGAUUGGGCAGACCAUGGGGAUGAGAUGUACUUCCUCUUUGGGGGCCCCUUCGCCACAGGCCUUUCCACAGGUAAGGAGAAGGCACUUAGCCUCCGGAUGAUGAAAUACUGGGCCAACUUUGCCUGCACAGGAAAUCCCAAUGAUGGAAAUCUGCCCUGCUGGCCACCCUACAACAAGGAUAAAAAGUACCUGCAGCUGGAUUUUACCAUAAGCAUGGACAUGAAGCUCAAGGAGAAGAAGACAGCUUUUUGCAUGAGUCUGUACCAGUCUCAGAGACCUGAGAAGCAGAGGCAAUUCUAAGGGCGGCUAUGCAGGAAGGAGCCAAAGAGGGGUUUGCCCCACCACCCAGGCCCUGGGGAGACUGGCCAUGGACAUACCUGGGGACAAGAGUUCUACCCACCCCAAUUUAGAACUGCAGGAGCUCCCUGCUGCCUCCAGGCCAGAGCUAGAGCUUUUGCCUGUUGUGUGGGACCUGCACUGCCCUCUCUAGCCUGACAUCCCAUCAUGCCCCCACCUCAAUGUUGACAUCCAGUUAGGCCAGGCCCUGUCAACACCAUACUGUGCCCAGCUCUCCAGCCUCAGGACAACCUCUCUUUUUCCCUUCUUCAAAUCCUCCCACCCUUCAAUGUCUCCUUGUGGCUCCUUCUUAUGGGAGAUCGACCCAGACUGCCACUGCCCCUGUCACUGCACCCAGCUUGGCAUUUACCAUCCAUCCUGCUCAACCUUGUACCCGUCUGUUCACAUUGGCCUGGAGGCCUAGGGCAGGUUGUGACAUGGAGCAAACUUUUGGUAGUUUGGGAUCUUCUCUCCCACCCGCACUUAUCUCCCCCAGGGCCACUCCAAAGUCUGUCCACAGGGAUGUUCUCAAUAAAGAAGUGUUGAUUUGACCUGAAUUUCUCCACCUAUAAAA